ACGGUGACAAUAGCGCAAUGGCAAUGGCAAUGGCUUCUGCUUCUGCUUCUGCUUCGGACAUCGAAACCCACGGGCUUCUCGGGUCCGAAACAUUUGACCAAAGAAAGCUCCGAAAACCCAUAAAAAUCCAAAACCAAAACCUCGAAACUCUCCAACCAAAAAAAGAAAAAGAAAAAGAAAAAGAAAAAGAAAGGAAAAAAUUGAUUUCCUCUUCCUCCACCACUCAUUCCAUUGUAACCGAAAGCCACAGUAAUCUCCUGCUUCUCACUCACACAUAAAACAAAGAGAAAGAGAGGCACUAAAAAAGAAACAAAAAGCUUCCGUUUUUUUCUCCCACUGAUCUUCUUCACUCUGGUUAUUUUUCAAGCAAAACCUUCUCAUUAAUGGCGGAAAAUCAAUCCUUUGCUGGGGACCACCUCCGACCAACAACAGCUACUACUUUCUCUCAGCUUCUGUUUUCCCCACACCAUGAUGAUGAUGAUGAUAAUGAUGUUGAUGUUGAUAAAAAUCAUCAUCAAAUCUUUGAUUACUCUGUUUCUUCUUCUUCUUCUUCUUUCGCCAUUGAUAACCCACCCAAGAUGCUCUGUUUCGGUACCAAAGAAGAAGACCAAGAACAUCCACAGCUGGGUUUUAAAUCUCGUCAAAGAUCAGCCCACGCAUGCAGUGAUUCCUCUUCAAAUUCUUCUGGGAAUGGCCUUAAAUUUGAAUUCAAAUUGAAAAGGAGAAAUGGGUCAAACCCAGAAACGGCAGCCAUUAAAGAAGCUUCGAAAAAGACCAAGCCUGAAGCUCCCUGUUCUGCUGGACAUGCAAAGAGGAAGGAGAAAUUAGGAGAAAGAAUCACAGCAUUACAACAAUUGGUUUCACCCUUUGGAAAGACAGAUACAGCAUCAGUACUUCACGAGGCAAUGGGUUACAUCAAAUUUCUACAUGAACAAGUUCAAGUCUUGUGCAGCCCUUACUUGCAAAAAAGUCAGCUGCUUUCUUCUCAAUCAGCCACUGGAAAAGAAAAUGGGGAAACAGAGGGAGAUCUGAAAAGCAGAGGAUUGUGUUUGAUUCCAGUGGAUUGCAGUUUGCAUUUGGCUAAUUGUACAGUAGCAGAUUUUUGGUCUCCAGCCAUGGCUAUGGGGAAGAAGUUUUGAGAAGAAGAAGAGAGGAAAUGGAUGGUUGGAUUUUGAAGUUUGAUGUGUACAAAGAACUGAAGAAGAGGGUUUGGGUUUGUUGUCUUGGGGUACUGUCUUUUUUUUGACUUGUAACUUUUGACUAAAAAAUGAAUCAGUAAGUAUAGCAGAAGAUGUGUGAAGAAGAUGUAAAUCGAACACUUUUUCUUCUUCUUCUUCUUUUUUCUUUUUUGUUUGAUGGGAAAGAAAUAGAUGUUAAAAGCUGUUAGCUUUCUUUUGUA